GAUCGCAUCUUUUUUUUUGUUUUUUUUUGUUUUUGAAUUGAUGCGUGCACAGCAUCCAGCGAUUUAUUUGAUAAUUUGGGAGGUUAUUAACCAGGGGAGGGGAAAAAAUCUACCUUUUUAAUGGUUGUUUUCAAUGCUCAAUGUUAUUUGACUUAUAUAUUUGACGAGAUUUAUAAUUUAACGCGCUAUUGAUCUAAUACCAUCGGAAGCGGGUUUAAUCUGUAAAUUUUCCUAUGACCUGUUUCAAAUGGGUGUUGUUGUACGUACUUGAAAUUUUGCUACCACGGUGGAAAAGAAGAAGAAGAAGAAGAAGAAGAAGAAGAAAAGAUUAAUCUUUAACCCUAACUUGGAAAAAUUCUGGAAUCAUUACUUCUUUACUUGAGCAAAGUCGAGUGUCUAGGUAUUGCUAAGUGUCCAAAGGUGCCCGAGAAUCUUGAUGGGGGGCCACACUUAUGUCUCAUAAACUCUUAAGCAAAUGUCUAGAAAAUUGCACGCCUUCCAUUUGCUGCUAGAUGAAUAUGUCAUAUACGCUGGCUAAAGGAUCUACUUAUGUUACUGAGGUUAACAACCGAGACAUGUCCAUUGCUGUACUGAGGACGUUUAUUGAAAAGCGCAAGGAAGAGCAUGCUGCGAAGUUGAGUAGAAAGGUAAAAUCAGAUCAUAAAGCGCCUGAGGCGACAUCUUCCGCUACUGCUGUAGCAGAGGAUGGAAUUUCUGCUCAACGUGAAGCAUCAAAUGGAGACUCUGAUAUCCUGCCGAACCAAUCUACGGGUGUAAAAGACAAGACCGAUGAUGAGCUAGUAAAUUCUGAUUCAGCAGCAGGACAGAGAGAACCGAAAGCACCGAAAGUACUUGAGGCUUUGGCUGCUUCUGGGUUAAGAGCAUUGAGAUAUGCUCGAGAAGUAGACGGGAUUGGUCAGGUUGUAGCACUGGACAAUGAUAAAGCUUCAAUUGAAGCUUGCAAGAAAAACAUAAAAUUCAAUGGCUCUAUGGCAUGCUCAAAGGUGGAAGCUCAUCUUGCGGAUGCUAGAGUUCACAUGCUCACUCAUCAAAAGGAAUUUGAUGUGGUGGAUCUUGAUCCCUAUGGAUCACCUUCUGUGUUUUUGGACUCAGCUGUACAAUCGGUUGCUGAUGGAGGCAUGCUAAUGUGUACAGCUACUGAUAUGGCAGUGCUAUGUGGGGGCAAUGGGGAGGUCUGCUAUUCAAAGUAUGGCUCCUAUCCUCUGAAAGGAAAAUAUUGCCAUGAGAUGGCUCUGAGGAUUCUCCUUGCCUGCAUUGAGAGCCAUGCAAACCGCUACAAGCGUUACAUUGUUCCUGUCCUCUCUGUGCAGAUGGAUUUCUACAUCAGGGUUUUUGUUCGCAUAUACACUUCUGCAAGUGCAAUGAAGAAUACUCCCCUGAAACUGUCGUACGUGUAUCAAUGUGUUAGUUGUGAUUCGUUUCAUCUGCAAAGUCUUGGGAGGACAGUGACUAAGAAUAAUAGCGUGAGGUAUCUGCCAGGCUUUGGUCCCGUGGUCUCUCAGGAGUGUGGUGAUUGUGGUAAAAAGUUUAACAUGGGUGGGCCCAUAUGGUCUGCUCCCAUGCAUGAUCAAGAUUGGGUACUUUCUAUUCUAGCAAAUGUUAAAUCCAUGAAGGAAAGGUAUCCUGCAUAUGAGAGAAUUUCUGCAGUUCUAACAACAAUAUCUGAGGAAUUGCAUGAUGUGCCUCUCUUUGUCAGCCUCCACAAUUUGUGUGGCACUCUGAAAUGUACCUCCCCAUCUGCUGUUAUGUUCCGUUCUGCAGUAAUUAAUGCUGGAUACCGCAUCUCAGGCAGCCACGUGAAUCCACUUGGCCUUAAAUCUGAUGCCCCAAUGGAUGUCAUUUGGGACAUUAUGCGCUGCUGGGUCAAGAAUCACCCAGUGAAACCGCAGCCAGCAGAUCAGCCGGGAACUGUGAUUCUUGCUAAAGAACCAACACUUCAAGCAAAUUUUUCAAGAGCCGUCUCUUCCCUCAGCAAGGCACAAGCGAAGAAAGUGGCAAGGUUCCUUCCAAACCCCGAGAGGCAUUGGGGUCCAAAGGUCAGGGCUGGGAGGCGAAUAACAAGCAAGCAUGUCUCAUUGUUGGGUGCUGAGGCUCUAAACGGGACUAACAGCCAUGGACAGGGCAAGGGAAGUGCAGAAAUUGUUGCAGAGGAAACCGAUGGGAACGAAAACAUAAGCCAUGAAGGAGGCGAAGGACCUGAUACAAAGCGUCAAAAGACUGGGGAUGAUUAAGAGACUAAUCUUCAACAUGAAAAGUGUAUUAUUAGUUUGAGGUUCUUUAACUUUUCUGCUAUAUGAGUGCUGCGCGAGCGAGUCUAAUUUAUUUGUUAGACGAGUGUUAAUUGUUUAGGGAUUAAUAAAAAAUUCUCAAGUGAUUUUGUUUUUGUGAAA